UCCAGGAUAUAAGGAUUUAACUGGGUCUUCGAUAAGAUUCUAGGUUACAGGCUCCAAGGUUUUAACUGGAUCUUUCAUACGUCACAAGGAUUCAACUGGAUCUUCGGUACGUCUACAGGACUCAACUGGAUCUUCUAUACGUCUCCAGGCUCCAGGAUUCAACUGGGUCUUCGAUUCGCCUCCAGGCUCCAGGAUUCAACUGGAACUUCAAUUCGUCUUCCGACUCCAAGGUUUUAACUGAAUCCUCAAUACGUCUCCAGGUUCCAGGCUCCAUUGUUUUAACUGAAUCUUCCAUAAUUCUCCAGGCUCCAAGACCAGCUAACGAAGACGAAAAAGAUGUUUUUUGCGGAUUCGUCCGGAGUCCAGAAAGGAUCUUCCUGAGAUUCCUGGAGACACUCGGAUUGCAGGCGACGAGAAGCUUCCCUGGGGAAAGCCAGGAUGGAACCCUAUCGGUUUCUAAAACUAACGAUACUUCGUAGCAACGACAAUCACCAAAGUACCAAUAUGAAAAGUGUUGUGAACAAUUUGUUUUCUCAAGCGAGUGUCUCGCAGCGAGAUUGGCUAGGAGCUACCAAUGCUCCUUGUUAUUAUACUUUAUUAUCUCCACCUCGGUCAUUAACGGUCUACCGGCCAGCGAAGAGGAGAGCCCGCAGGCGAAUUCAAGAAUAUUACCUUCCCAGGACUAGAAGAGACGAUCAUUUCGAUCGAGCCUCGAGAAACGCCAAGAGUAAGAUGGAGGCGACGGAAGCACCAGGACCGUUUGCUCAAAGACAAAUCUUGGCUCAUGACGAAAAGGUAGAAGCCAGGCGAAUUCUCCGGCCAAAGAGAGGGCUUAACCUGACGCAGAACCUUCUGAAUCGAAGAGCAGAAGGUUCCUUUACUACCGAUAUGCAGGACGUCAAAAGAACGAAAAGGAAGCUCCAGGAGACAGAAGAGAAAGGCCCCGACACCAAACGUCCAAGAAGGAAGGAAGAUAGAAUGCUUUUAGCUGGAAACCCUCCUCGUUAUACCCCGAUGCUGGCAAGGAACCGCUUUCCCCAACCAGAGUCGCUGGAUGUGGGAGAGGUGCCGAUGGACGUGAAAGAGGAACUUGCUCCGGUCCGUGCCCUAGAGACCACAGCAGUGCCCCCUAAACAGAAGAGGUACCUCAGGAAGAGAGCAGUGGACCGUUUCCCUCAAGUGCUGAGAAACGCCAAGGGAACGAAUAGAAAGAUGGAGAAUGCAGAGGAGUCAUCCCCAUCCAACAACAGAUAUAGGACGGAUCAAGACCAAGCGGCAACUAUUACUACCCGAAGGCCUCCCCUGAAAGCGAUGCGAGGAGGUAUAAAGGCAGCGGCUCUAAGGAAGAGGUUCACGGACAAUUCCCAGAGAGAGCCACAGGACUGUCGGGGAAGGAAGAGGAAGUUGGAAAAGGACGAGGUAAUGAUAGCAUCCGUCGAGCAAGGAAAAUUGGAGGCUGCAGGCAAGACGGAGCCCUUAAGCAAAAGACGGAAGGCAGACCAAGGUGCUCUUCGUCACAAUCCACCGAAGGCACGGAAAAGGCUCCCCCGGCAGGCGAAGAACAACGCGGUGAAUAGAAUCCACGAGAUCUUUGGUGUCCCGGCCGAGAGGAUCGAGCUGGGCCAAAAUGCAGCCGCUGAAGAGGAUGACACGAAAGGGAAGGCGAAUGAAAAGGUUAAGAAGAGAGGAGCGAAGAAAGAGGCGAAAGAAGCAGAAUUAAAGCGAGUGAACAUUUCCCCCGAUGAACCUCAACAGAAGCAGUUCGGAAAAAGGAAAGCGAAAGAUGAGCCUCCAGAGAGGCAGAAGCAGGCUGAGAAAUUGAAGAAAGAGAAAAAGAAGAAAGAAAAGAAAAAGGAAAAAUGGACGCAGAUAUCCGAAACUGUAACAAUAAGUGAGGCUGAAGUGAAAAAACUCCUUAAGAAAGGAAAGGUGCUAGGUGCGGGUGCCUACGGAACUGCUUAUAAGGUCAUCCACAAGGGAGAGGUGGCUGUGCUGAAAGUGGCCGAUUCCCGUCUAGGGAAUAUGAAAGCGAUUUUCAGAAGAGAAGCCGAGGUUCUUCAGGCCCUCAAUGGCGCAGGAGGAGCUCCGCUGCUACUUGGCACCUGUAGCAAACCAACCGCAAUCCUCAUGGAAUAUUGUCCUGGAGAAGAGUUCCUUUCGAUUAUAUAUGACACGAAGACCUCUCCUUCACUCGCUUUAGAGAUUCUUCCGGACAUUGCGAGGAAGCUGCAUCAAAUCCACUUGGCAGGUUACGUGCACGUGGAUUUGAAGCCGGAUAACGUAAUGGUCCACGUCCCAGAAGCCAAGGGCAACCAGCAGGGGAAGCCCAGGAUAAUCGACUUCGGAUUAGCUGUGGAGAGGGGCACGGAAAUACAGCUAUAUCCGAAUAUGUCUUAUUCUAUCUAUCCGCCUGAAUACACAGACGGUGCACCAGCGCGGCAAUGGGGAGAUGUCUACUCUAUGGGAUGUCUAAUUGAGGAUACGGUCUACGCCAUCUACGAUGACAUCCCAGAGCGUUACGAGGAAAUUAUAAGCAUGGCGAAGCAUGAAAACCCGAAGCUUCGACCGACCGUCCCCAACCUAGUGAAGCAGCUAGAAGCAGCAGGAAAGUGGCAAGACUUUCAGUAGAGGCCACAAGGGUAACCAGGAAAGACUAGGAAAGCCUCUUAUGGGAUCUUCUGUUGCUCUAGGGAAAUUCUACAUGUAAAAGUCUCUGUUAUACGAACAAUGGUCGGAUUUCUAGAUCCCCUAGAAACACGGCUCGCAGAGGGAAGCAGUCCAAUGCUUCUAGUAUGCUAUGAUCCUUGAUGGAGAUUCUACAUAUAAAAAGUCUCCAUUACGGGAACGAAUAGUCGGAUUUCUAGAUCAUCUA